AAGUCAUUUGUUUAAGCAGUCGGGAGUUUCUGCUAGGGUCUGGAUUGGAGUUACGCAAAGACCGGACCCUACCGUACAUGAGUGGUGUCUGAGGAAAAAAAGGAUUCCCCCCUUGUCUCAAAGAAACUACAUGCCUAAUAUUUAGACAUGUUCAGCUUUGUGGAUAUUCGGUUAGCUCUGUUGCUGAGCGCAGCAGUGCUUUUGGCGAGAGGUGAAGGCGAGGAUGAUAUCUCACACGGCAGCUGCACAUUUGAUGGACAGUUGUACAUUGACAAGAGUGAAUGGAAACCAGAGCUCUGCAAGACCUGCUUCUGCGAAAGUGGAUUAGUCGCGUGCUACCAGGUGAUCUGCGUGGUCACACCCGACUGCGCCUACCCAAACGGAGAGUGCUGCCCUGUCUGCCCUGCUGAUGGUACACCGCCUUGAUCCCACCUUGUCUCUGACAAUCUGAGGCUCCUGGGCCAUGAAUGGAUUGAGGCCCUAAGCCUGCCUGCUUGCCAAUAACAAAGCUUUACCUAUAGAAGACACUUAGAGUCUGGAUAUGAUGACCUCUGCAUCAUUGAUUUUAGCAUUUUUUAAAGGGAAUCUCUCAAUAGCCAACAUUUGUGGAGAUGCACGAGCCCUCGAUUCACAACCUGAUAAAUGCUAAUAUCUGAGAAAAAGUAAGAAGCUAAUCAUUAUCACUUAAUUAGAGCCUAUCUGCAAUAUUUCUUAUAUAAGCUUUUAAUGGGUGCAACAUGGGAUAAAUAACAAUCACAGCAGGAUCCAGAAGCUCAACUCUAUUGUGGAAUUUCACUGCAGUUAUAUAUUAAAUAUGUCGAAUGUC